UUAAACUUGUAAAAAUGGCUUUUGCUAAUGCACAAACAUCUCUCUUACUUGUAGUAGUGUUCUCAUCCACGUUUGCUAUUGGACUAGCCAACUAUGACUUCAACUGGGGGCCAAGAACCUGGAACAAAACCAAUUGCCCUUAUACUAAUCCUCCAAAUGCUACUCAGACCUCCAAUAGAUUCAUCGUUGGAGGUUCGGAAAAUUGGCAUUAUGGCUUCAACUACAUGGAUUGGGCACGAAAUAGUGCUCCUUUCUUUGUUCAUGACACCUUGGUAUUCAAAUAUGAUCCACCAAAUGCAAACGGUACCGGAUUUCCACACAGUGUUUACUUAUUCCCAAAUUACUGGAGCUUCAUUAAGUGUGACUUCAGAAGAGCCAAAAGGAUAGCGGAUCCAACUCAAGGUGCUGGGGAAGGAUUUGAGUUUGUGCUGAAUAAAAUGCAAACUUACUAUUUUGCUUGUGGAGAACACCAAGGCAUACAUUGCAAAACUGGGAACAUGAAGUUUGCUGUUAUGCCUCUCAAACAUUGGCGUUUUUGAAUUAAAAGAGACCAACAGGAAUUUGGAAGAUGCAACAGCUUAAUUACAUUUUCCUUUUGUGUUUUUUGUGUAUUGAUUGAAUAAAAGAUAUCGAAAAAAAUGUAGUAGCAUACUUCGAUUAGUUGUUAUAGUGUUUAAUGCUUGUUAUUUGUCGGGGUGAAAGGUCUAUACCUCUAAGCAUUGACAUUUUAUAUGUGUAUGAGUUACC